GUUUGGGAUGAAACUCUUGCCAAAUCUGCAGAGGCUUGGGCUGCUACAUGCAUUUGGGACCAUGGACCUUCCUACUUACUGAGAUUCUUGGGCCAGAACCUGUCUGUAAGAACUGGAAGGUAUCGAUCUAUUCUCCAGCUGGUAAAGCCAUGGUAUGAUGAGGUGAAGGAUUAUGCUUUCCCUUAUCCUCAGGAUUGCAACCCCAGGUGCCCCAUGCGAUGUUAUGGACCCAUGUGCACCCAUUACACACAGAUGGUUUGGGCCACUUCCAAUCGUAUAGGCUGCGCAAUCCACACAUGCCACAAUAUGAACGUCUGGGGAUCUGUUUGGCGACGAGCUGUUUACUUGGUAUGCAACUAUGCCCCAAAGGGGAAUUGGAUUGGAGAAGCACCAUAUAAAGUAGGAGUCCCAUGUUCUGCUUGUCCCCCAAGCUAUGGAGGUUCUUGUACUGACAAUCUUUGUUUCCCAGGAGUAACAUCAAACUACUUAUACUGGUUUAAAUAAGUUAAUGUUUACAUUAUUUUUUUUUAAAGAAUGAGUAACAAAAAGCUUGUAUAUUGAAUUUUGCACAUAUUAUAUAUGGAGAGAUAUUGUAAUAAUACUCUGAUGUUUUCAUUUUGUAUGCUUUUGUGUAAUUAGCUUUCGAAGUAUAGUGUAAUUGGGUUUUAACACUUUGGGAUUUAAGACUCACAUUAACCCUUUUAGAUUAACAUUUUGUUAAUAGAGAACAAACUAAUUGUCACCUUUGCAAGUGUAGCCUCCUGAAGAUUAGAUUCUGUUAAAAACAUGUUAAAAG